GUGGUGUGUACUUUGUGAGUGAAGGUGGCCAAUGCAGCCAGGCAUUUAAGGCAGAUGGUCCCAUAUUAAAACUGUUGUACUAUGAAGAGAAAAACAUACUUAUCACGGUAACAGAAGGUCUGUCAUUGUUCCAACAUGCUGUGAUGCCUGAGGGAGACACCAAGGAAAUGAUGAAGGUAAAACUUAGCGGCAGGGGAGACAAGCCAGUAAUUGACUGGGCAGGAAAAGGUAUCCUAGCAACAUCAACUGGUGAAGGAGUUAUCAGGAUGUGGGAGCUGGAGAAUGAGGAGAACUAUAUACUUCAUCUUGAUGGACACAGUGGAUAUGAUCCUAAUGAAAAUAUUACAUGUUUAGCUUUCUGUGAGCGAAAAGGUACUCUGGCAGGUGGUACAAACAUGGGAAAUGUAGCCCUGUGGAAAUAUUCACCUCCUCUUGGUAACAAGAAAGUGGAUGGUGAACAGAAAUGGAAACUUCAGACCCCAGCAACAGUGGAAGGACCUGUUGCACAAGUUUCUUGGGGUUCUACCAAAGACCUGCUUGCCGUCAACACUAUAGCUAAUGUGUUUAUGUUGAAUGAGCAUGUGAUGAGUGCUAAUUUCAGGGAUCAGACUGCUGUAGUACAGUUUGGACCUAGUUCUCUGUCUAUAGAGGUGUUUUCUAAUGGUACACAUCAUGAUCUCAAAACAGACAUACAAGUUAAAGGAAUAUAUACAACAAAGGAUGCAUUAGCAGUAUGGAAUGGUAGACGUGUGAUACUGUAUGAAUAUUCUGAAGAUAAGUCUACUAUAAAGGCAUCAGGCAGUUUUACCACAGAUUCUAUGAUUAUAUGUAUAUAUGAACAAAAUGUCUACAGUAUAGAAAUGCAGAAGGUGCAAGUUAGGACAUUCCAGGGUACAGUUAAACAGUCAAUAAACUUCAGUGAAGUAGAAGGCCAGCCAGUAUGUUUAGAUGUAUGUGGUACCUAUCUCUUGAUAGGAACUGAUAUAGGCAUACUCAAAGUGUUUGACUUGUCUAGAAGAGAAGCUAAACCACAUAGUCAUCCAAAGAAUCUACAUGAGCUGGUUCCAGGCUUUGGCAGUCUUCUUGCUUGUAAAGUCAACUGUAAUGGUACCAAAGUUAGUGCUGCUAUUAAAAUGCAGAGUGGUAAUCAGACAGAUCCCAAGUUGUAUUUCUGGGACAUCGAGACAGACUCUUUAUCCUACUUUAACUUUGAGACGGGUAAAGGUGAGCAGGAUGACUAUCCCCCAGAACAGAUGGUCGGCAUGCAGAAAGAUAGUGCUAUAGAAAUGAGUGAUGCUGAUAGAGGUAAAGACCAAGCAGCGAAGGAUAUUGCGGGUCGCUUUCCAAUCACCCAUCACUGGGACGCUCAUGAUCCAAAACUUGUUGUUUGUGAGGCUCGUAUCCUUCCAAGAACAGAUAAUAAAGAGGAGAAGAAACAGAAAGCUACCCUCACUAAACAGAUAGAGGAAGGGCCAGUUGAAGUGAUGGUUGUUUCAUUGUUCUGUACACCAGAGAAUGGAAUACUAAUACAGGACAGUUUUCCCCUCAAUGAUGACUAUAACUGUCUACUUGGUAUUGAAGUUCCAUAUCACUACUUUGUUAGAAAGAAUGAAACUAGUGAAGAUGAGAACGCAAACCAGGAGUCUGGCCAUUUAGUACGACCAGACACAGCCACUGUGAUAUACCCUAAACUUGUGUCUCGUACAACGAUGCGAGACUUUGUCGGCCUGGAGAAGAGUGAUAAACAAACUAGAGAAGCAAUGUUGAACUUCAGCUAUUACCUUACCAUAGGCAACAUGGAUGAAGCUUUUAAAGCAAUCAAAUUAAUUAAAAGUGAGUCAGUAUGGGAGAAUAUGGCUAAGAUGUGUGUGAAAUCUCGGCGGCUUGAUGUAGCCAGUGUAUGUUUAGGUAAUAUGGGGCACGCACGAGGGGCAAAGGCCUUGAGGGAAGCACUUAAAGAACCUGAAUUAGAUGCAAAGGUUGCUACACUAGCAAUGCAGUUAGGCUUAUUUGAGGAUGCAGAGAGGCUAUUAAGGAACUGUAAAAGAUAUGACUUGCUGAAUGAAUUCUACCAGAAUGCAGGCCAAUGGGGAAAGGCAAUGGAGACAGCAGAGAUGUAUGACAGGAUACAUUUACGUACAACAUACUACAGCUAUGCUAAACAUCUCGAGGCUAACGGAGAAAUGACAGAAGCUAUACCAAAUUUUGAGAAGUCAGACACUCAUAGAUUUGAAGUUCCCAGAAUGCUCUUUGAUGAACCAGAUGCACUAGAACAGUAUAUACUCAAACAUAAAGAUAAAUCCUUACAUAAAUGGUGGGCUCAGUACAUGGAAAGUCUGGGAGAGAUGGACACAGCAUUACAGUUUUAUGAAAUGGCUCGUGAUUAUCUGUCUCUAGUCCGAGUCUACUGCUACUGUGGUAAUAUGGACAAGGCAUCAGAAAUAUGUAAUGAGACAGGAGAUAAAGCAGGAUGUUAUCAUUUAGCUCGACAACUAGAGAACCAGGACCACAUCAAGGAGGCCAUACAUUUCUUCCAGAGGGCAGAGGCUUUUGGAAAUGCCAUCAGAUUAUGCAAAGAACAUAAUUAUGAAGAUCAGAUGAUGAAUCUGGCGUUGAUGGGUCGACCUGAAGACAUGAUGGAGGCUGCAAGAUACUAUGAGGAUAAACCAGGACAACAAGAUAAAGCUGUCAUGUUGUACCACAAGGCUGGCAACUUCUCACGUGCCCUGGACCUGUCAUUCCGUGCAAAGCAGUUUGGUGCUCUACAGAUGAUAUCUGGUGACCUAGAUGAGAGAGCGGACCCCGAGUUGUUACAGAGAUGUGCCGAUUUCUUCCUGGAGAACGGACAGUUUGAUAAGGCUGUAGAUCUCCUUGGUAUCGGCAAGAAGUAUUGGGAGGCUUUGAAGAUCUGUAUGGACCAGCAUGUUGAGGUGACAGAAGAUCUGGCAGAGAAGUUGACACCUACAAAAGAGGAGCUUGGUGGAGACACUAUGGAGAGGGUGAAGAUACUAGAGGCUAUAGCUGAGGUGUGCAUGCACCAGGGACAGUAUCAUCUGGCUACCAAGAAAUUCACACAGGCUGGAAAUAAAAUGAAGGCUAUGAAAGCAUUGUUGAAAUCUGGUGACACAGAGAAAAUCAUUUUCUUUGCUGGAGUGUCAAGACAGAAGGAGAUCUAUGUAAUGGCUGCAAACUAUUUACAAUCUUUGGACUGGAGAAAGGAUCCAGAAGUCAUGAAAAAUAUCAUUGGUUUCUACACCAAAGGACGUGCAUUGGAUGCCCUGGCAUCGUUUUACGAUGCUUGUGCCCAGGUGGAGAUUGACGAGUACCAGAAUUACGACAAGGCUCUUGGAGCUCUGGGUGAGGCAUUUAAAUGUCUUGGUAAGGCCAAGAUGACUGAUGAAAGUUUACAAGAAGAGAGACUGGGUCAACUGAAGAACAAGAUAACUUUGAUCAAGAAAUUUGUGACUGCUAGAAGGGUUUAUGAUGAAGAUUCUGAGGAGGCCAUCAAACAAUGCCAAGUACUUCUGGAGGAACCAGACCUGGACAGUGCUGUCAGAAUGGGAGACGUGUACGGCUUUAUUAUUGAACAUUAUGCCAGAAAGGAGCGCUGGAAGGCUGCAUAUAAUGCUAUGGAAGAGAUGAAGGGUAGAAUAUCUGGUGUGAACAUGACAUACUAUGUGAACAUGCGGACAAUACAAGCUGUACAUCAAGCCCUGGAUAUACCUCUCAGUAACACGAUCAACACAAACAAGAUGAACGGGUAUAGAGCUGCGGGCCACGAGGAGGAAGACGGGGAUAUUGUAGAGGAGGAAGUUCCAAUGUAUAAUGACGAUCUUUGAAAUCAUUUCAACUUGUGUCUGUGAUAAAUUUCAUAAAAUAUGACUAAAUUGUCAUAAACAUUCGAGAAAGUUUUGUAAGAAUAUGAAACGAUUUCCUUGGUUAUACUUUCAAGGAAGUUAUUUAAGAAUAGUGAACAGUUUCUUUGGUCAUAAACUUCCGUCAGUGCAUGACAUCAGAAAAAUUUCAGAAACACUUCAUGAUACUUGUAUUACAUUGUUUUUAAUUUGAUUAUGGCAUUAUAUGUAGAAAAUAAGAAUAAGGGUUUAUUUAGGAAUAUUGUUUUCAGUCGUCCUUGGGAGUGAAUGAUCACAAAUCUGUGUGUACUUAGGCAUUUAAAUUUGUUUGAAUUUAAUUUUUUGACAUUUAAUAUGAUGUUACGAAUAUGGCAGUGUUAUCAGCUCUGACUCAUUUUGUUGGCCAUCUGUCUGUAGCGGUCUGCCAGUUUCAAAAUAAGGAAUUCUCUUACAUUUCUUUAUAGAUCUGUCCGGCUUCACAUAAGCGGAGCAUUGAGUUCAAUAGCAUUAUGACAUUUUUAAGGAUUUUAGUUUUUUUUCUCAGUUAUUUCUCUACAUAUACAAGAUGUUUUGAUCGGACAUGCAAUUGUGAAUUUGUCUCAAUGUUCACUCUAGUCAGCAGUGCUGAAGUAACUGUUGCCAUUAUUGUCAUGACCAGGUUCUAAGGUUAUAAAACAUGAAUUUGAAUACCAGUCCUGGAAUGCAGUCUUGCCAUUGGUCAAUUUUGAAUUUUCGCUCAUAGAUAACCAAUCAGAUGCUGCAAUUUUUAGACUGGUCUCCAAACUGGUUUUUACAGCUUUGGAACCAGGACAUGAAAUAGGUUGGACCAAAAACCAUUGUAAUUGGUUUGGCCACUGUUUAUAGUAACAGAUAUAUGAUGAUCAUUUUGUAUGAUACUGUGUAGAUAUUUUUGUACUACAAACUUGGCAUCUAUGUCUGAUACGAAAAGAUGAUACCUUGAUGAUAAUUUGUGAUAAAAAUUUUGAAAGCAUUCCAUUCAAGUGUGUGGCAUUGUAAAUGUCUUUGAUCUUCAUAAUCUGCAGGGCUUUAGAGUUAUCAUAAGGCAGUGAAAUUUUAGUGUUUGUAGUUUAAUUGUUAUGCAUAAUUGUAACUUUAGGGAAAAAUAUUUAGGCCCGGCAUGUUAUUAUUCGAGUGAAAUGUUUCAACAUUAAGUAUUUAAAGCAUUGUGUAAACUAUUUAUAGAUUUAUUAAUGUGAGUCAUACAGCAUAUUGCUAUAGGAGGUAAAAAUCAUGGUGCAAAUGUACCUUUAAGUAUUGUACAUUGUGUAUUUGAAUGUUCAGAUAGCAAUAUGCUCUCUUAUGUUUUAUAUGUAAUUCUUUUAUCAAAUCCGUCCAUCAUAUCCAUUAUGUGCUUUAUUUAUUUCUCAAAUAUACAACAUAUCACAUGUACCUUUUUACUUUCAAAAUGUGAAUCUCUGUAACUUGAUGUUUUAUACUAGAGAAUUAGAGAGUCAUUUCAUUUAUUACUAGUUAUAGAGAGAGGUAACGGUCAGUCCUUGAGGUUGUAAAACUUUGUUUUAGGUACUUGUCUGUUAUGUACCAGUCACAAGUUGCAAACUUGUCAUGUCUCAGUUUCAAAAUUGGGCCGUGAAUUAACCAGAUGGAGGCGUAAAAAUUUACUUAUUUCAAGGAUCUGCAUGACAGUGGACAAAAAACCAUUUGACUCUAGUCCUUAAUUUUUAGCUUGACUAUUCGAAGAAUAGGGGAGCUAGCCUACUCGUCCCGGCGUCGGCGUGAGCGUCACACAAAUGUUAAAGUUUGCGUACCACCCCAAAUAUUUUCAAAGUCCAUUGAGAUAUUGCUUUGAUAUUUUGCAUACUUGUUUACCAUCAUGACCCCAGUCUGCAAAAAGGAGGAGGCAACUGUAUGAAGCAUUUUGACUGAAUUAUGGCCCCUUUUCUACUUAGAAUAAAUGUUAAAGUUGGCGUACCACCCCAAAUAUUUUCAAAGUCCAUUGAGAUAUUGCUUUCGUAUUUUGCAUACUUGUUUACCAUCACGACCCCAGUCUGUAAAAAGGAGGAGGCAACUCUAUGAAGCAUUUUGACUGAAUUAUGGCCCCUUUUCGACUUAGAAUAUGCUUAUUGUAAUGUUAAAGUUUUACUCAUUGCUUAUAUUAUACUAUCAAGCACUGAGAAUAGUCAAGCACACUGUCCACUGACAGCUCUUGUUUAUAUGAACUUCUUCACCGUAUCCAGCGUGACCUUGAGAUAUCAGCUUCCACGUCUUAAUUAAGUUUUAGUGGGGGAAAUGUGGGAAAUGCACUGUCGGCAGUUUCUUAGCAGGAUUUCCCUGUGGAUUACAUAAUAUUAUGUAAGUUUAAGCAUGUAGCUGAAUACUGUUUCAUAACCAGGGUACAUGGCUGUUAGUAUUUAUAGAAUGUAUAUGACUGACAGGUUGUGCUCUGUGUUCUGUGCCUUAAUGGUGUGAACUUUUGUUCUAAUUUUAUUUCGUGUUUUCCACACUUCAUUUGUUACUGGUAAUCUAGUAUACUUCUGAUAGAAAUUACUAACAUUUCGUGAAGUUUCAUCUCUGAAAAUGAAAAUUCAAAAUGUAGAUUAGGUACCAUUGUUAAAUUAUCUGGUUGAUAGCUUUUCCAGUUAAAAGUUUUUCUGUUGUAAGAAGAGAGCAGAAUGGGGUUCAUUUCCAUCAUGCAAACAUUGAAUUAAUGGAGGUUUUUAACAAGUCUUGCCCAUAUUAAUCGAAGUACAUGUAAAAUCUUGUUUGGUGAAAAGUUAACAAUAUGAGAACAGCAUUUUUUGUACACAUAUUUUUGUUUUUGAUCUGGUUACGUAUAUGCUAUUGUUUAUUUUCCAUUGUAUAUAUUCUUACAUUAUUUAUUUCUCGCAGCUGUCAUGAUUACUUUUUUGGUAUCACAUUUAUUUUUACAUUUUAUAUCAUUAGUACAAUUACACAAUGCUGAUUGAGUUUUUAUUCACAAUAUGAUUUCUAGAAAUUCUAAGCUUAGUUUGUUAAUGUAUGAAUAAAAUGAUAUAUUUUGAAUCUUGA